AUGUUCGGUGUUCGCCUCAGUCAAGAAAGCCCCCAAAGUCGAACACGAACUUGUUCUGGGGAGGAGGAUGAGGAGGAGGAGGAGGAGGAGGGUGAUGGCGAUGACGAUGAGGACGAUGAGGGGAGUGGGGAUGACAGUGAGGCAGGGUGGGACCCAGAGACGGAUGGCGGUGGGGAGGGGGGAGAGGAUGAUGAAGACCACGAGAUGGAUGGGUUGGAGCCAGAGGGGCGGGAAGAGGAGGUGGGAGAGGGUGGUGGAGAGGCGGCAACGGAGGCGGGCUCACACCAUGGGCGUGAAGGGGGUGGGAGCGUGGGGGUUGCUGUGGGGAAAAAGGCCGCGACCAUUAGGCCGCCAAGGCGGGGGAAGAGGGUGAACAAGUUGAGGGAGCGGGCGUACCCCGCUACGUUCACAGGGGAGCCGUUGGGUGAGGGCGUGAUCGCACCGGAGUUCCUAGACGAGGAUGGAGAGUCAGAAAGUAGCAAGGGGUCGGGUAGCAGGAAACCGGGGUGGCAGGUUAUGAUGUUCGGACCAAAGGAUGCAGACGAGAAGCGUCAGUGCAAGAUUUGCACCGACAAGAUCUCGUGGAAGCAGUCCACAACCACUCCCGGCGAGCGGCACUUCGCGAGCCACCUUACAGCGCAUAUGCCUGUGUGGCAUCACCGUUACCACACCCCGUCCAUUCAGUUGCCAGGCGAGACGUUUCCACGCGGGGGUUACAAAGGGGGCGGGAUUGAGCGGUUUAUGACAAAGAAGCUGUCACAAGGGGAGCUCCGACGGGCGAUCGCCAAGCUAGUGGUCACCUGCGACCUCCCCUUCCGCAUCGUGGAGGCCGAGGCUGGCUUGUCGGCGACUGACAAGAAGAAGGUCGAGAGCUUGCGCCUGACAGACGCAGAUUGGGACACUCUGCAUGCUGUCAAGGCACUCCUCAGUCCAUUCGCCAGAGUCUCGAAGGCAGCGGAGGGGGCGGCGUACCCUACAGUGUCGAUGGUGUUGCCGUACUACAACGGCCUGAUCGACGCUUUGGAGGCGCGCCUUGCGAAGGGGCCAUCGGCUGCGCUGAAGCCGAUGAUCGAGGCGGCGCUGGGGGUCCUGAAGAAGUGCGCGUACAUGUCCUCCAACGAGCUGUGGAUCGCCACCUUCUUGGAUCCGUCCAUGAAGGCGGCGUGGUUUGAUGACGAGCACUGGGAGUCGCAGCAUCCCGAGACCGAGCCGAGGGUGAGGCCGCGUCCCACUUCUAGCGAGGUGGUCCAGCUGGUACGCGAUCGCGUGGCCGAGUACCAGGCCCGGGCUGCAGCGCUUGCCCCCCGGGCGCCCCCACUUGCCACCGUGACGGAGGAGGAGGAGGGUGACGCAGCGGAUGACGACGAGGAUGCGCAGUACAUCCCUAGUCGCCGUCGCCUUGCAGCGCGUCUCUCAGCGAGCCAGCAGGCGGAGAGGGGUGGGAUGCUACAGGAUGACGAGGUUAGCAGGUACCUGUCGGAGCGGGUGCGGGAGGACGCGACGGCUCUGGAGUACUGGCGCACCGCCACCAACAUGCAGACGCUCAGGCGCAUGGCCCGAGACUAUCUCGCGAUCCCUGCCACGUCCGCAUCGAGCGAGCGGGUGUUCUCCCUUGGCCGCAACGUCAUUUCCUGGAAGCGGCACCGCCUGGCCUCCCAGAGAACGCGAGCUAUCAUGGUUCUCCGAUCCUGGUACACCUCACACCCCGGCCAGAGGAUAGGCGAGGGCCGCCGACAGAGGGGCGUCGCACCGCCAGAGAUUGCCAUUGAGGGCGAGGGGGCGGAGGACGAUGACGAGGAGGAGGAGGAGGAGGAGGAGGAGGAGGAGGAGGAGGAGGAGGGAGAGGAGGAGGAGGAGGAGGAGGAGAGGAGGAGGAGGAGGAGGAGGAGGGGGAGGGUGGGGGAUGCUGAUGACACAGCGACUGGGGUGGAGCCUGCUGUUGGUAGUAGCAGUGGCGCGGCGUUAGCGUAG